CCACUGGCUGGUCUCGUCCUCGUCAAGUGAAGCAGCGCUGCAGGAGGCAGCAGUAGCUUGUAGUUUUAGUUUGGCUUCGUUGGUGUAGGUUCACCCUGUCAGGUCAGGUCGUAGGCUACCACACGGUGAGCUCCAGAGGAACUGCUGAGCGGGAGAGAGACAUGGAAGAGACGGGCGGUGCUAGUGCGUACGGGGCUUCGCUCGCGGGAGGAGGCUUCGACUUCUUCAAGUUUAUCCGACAACCGCAAACUAUCGUGCGGCUACUUAGCUGGAUAUUUGCCAUGGUGGUGUUUGCCUGCAUCACAACAGAGGGAUACGUCAACACUCCCCACAGUGCCGAGGCAAAGUGCAUCUUCAACCAGAAUGACUCGGCGUGUCAGUAUGCGGUUGGCAUUGGGGUGAUCGCCUUCUUGGCCUGUGUGGCCUUUCUGGUGUUGGAUGUUUACUUUCCUUUCAUGAGCAAUGCACAGGAAAGGAAGUAUGCUGUCAUGGCUGACCUGGGAUUCUCAGGGGCGUGGACCUUCCUGUGGUUUGUGUGUUUCUGCCUGUUGGCCAGUCAGUGGGGUCGCACUCAUGACGUCAGGGGUAUCCCUCAGGACGCUGCACGUGCCACCGUGGCCUUCUCAUUCUUCUCCAUCGCCACCUGGGGAAUCCUAGCCUACUAUGCUCUGGGUCGUUUCCGCCGUGGUGUAAAUGAAGUUACCAUCCCAACCUACACAGAGCCACCCCCGGAUCACCACACCGCCUACCCUCCAACCUACGCCCCAACCUCCUACAACCCCACUACCUACACCCCUACCACUUACACAGCCUAUCCCAGCAAUGUGCCCGACGUGCAACAGCCUCCCUUCAUCUCGAACCCCAAGCCACAAGGAGACUACCAGCCGCCCAACUACUGAGACAAAGGGAGCUCACAUGGUCGAGGUUGUGUCCCUGGUCUUCUGCUGAUAGAGUGAUUGGAGUUGCACUGCACAGACACAGAGCUAUAUCAUAUUGAUGUGGUUUUACAUUUGAUUCAACCCACUUUUUCAAGAGAACCUGAGCAGUGCAACUGCAAGUUAGAGAGGAGGGACACCGUGGUUUACUUCAAAGGGUCUAUGGUCAGAUCAUAAGACAUCAGGCUGAGUGUUGAAAUUAGUGCUGAUGAUGGGUAAUCUGACCUUAGACCUCUGUGCAAAGAUGCAACUUUUACCUCAAAUGGGCUGAUCCUGAAGGGGAGAGGUAGAUAGAAUGUACCCAGGAGGAGGUCAAAGGUCACAUAAAGUGAGAUUAUGAAGCUCCAGUCAGAGUGGAAGAAGACAGCACUGAAUGUGUUUAUCUUUACUCUGUUGGAACCUGAGAAUGUGCAUUUGUACAUAGAUUUCACGAUGCAAAGCUGCCAUUUAAUGGUUGUACGUGCCUGAUUUCUUUCCUUAUUUUUCCCCUUCAGUGCAGUUAUCUUGAGGACCUCUAAACAGUUUAGUAUGUAUUAAAUUAAAUAUUAUUUGGGAGUAGAGUCCAGUGGGAAAAGACCACUCUGAAGCCAAAUAUCCCUCUGUGAUUGAGUUAUAUUUUGUGAAAUGUGGGCCCUGUAGAGAUUAUGCAGUUAGGUUGUUAGCCAUAUAACCAUAAAAUUACCUUUGAAAAAAAGUUUUCUGGGUUUAAGCAACAGUGAAAAAGCUCCUAUGUUCACCAUCUCACCUAACAAUGUUUUUAAGACAACUUUAACACCUACUUCACAAACUUCAAAACCUAUAGUUGAUGAUGAAAAGAAAAACCGUAAAGACCAUUUCCUUAAUUCUGACCAUGGCAAAUGUAACAGACUUGUGUUGGUAAUAAUUGGUUAGAUGUGCCAAACUGUAGAUAUUUAUUGCAUAUUCAUAAUCAGUGUUGCCCUUUAAACUUGUAGCCAACAUUCAGAGGGAGGGGAACGUAGUUAACUAUGCACUUAUUGAACAGGUUUACCCACUGAGCGUGCCCUCGUAACUUAUUAACUACCAGUGACAAUGCUUCUUCUUCAGUCUGUGAUCAGAGGCCUCACACUUCCUCCGUGGUAUUAGAGACAUUUAGUUUUCAUAACACUGAUGCUUAUCUCCUGUUUACAGGCUUCUUACUCUGAAUUGUAGAGGGCAGACUGCAGCCUGUAUGUCUUUACAAAUGACAUAUUAACACCUCAGCCUGCGAUGGUGAGAAUCAAACACCUGUCCUUAGAAAAGCAACUGGUUUACUUUGUUGCUUUGUGACUGACAGUAAUUUGUUUGUCAGUUUAACACCUCAGCUGCCUUGUGGCUGUUUUUCCCAGCUAAAGUGAGUCAAAGGUUGGCCUGAGAUCAGUUUUCUAUUGUCCCUAGGUUGUUGCGGGUGUGUCGGCUGACUGUAGAUCUGUGAAUGACGCACCAGAAAUUGGAUGUUGUUAUAUUUAUUGAACAUGCUGUUAACGGUACUACAUCAGAGACAUUUGUAAUAGUGAAAAAUCAUUCUCAAAUAUAUUGUUUGACCUAUAGAGGCAUAACUUACUCAACCCACAUAUCUGAAGAACACUGCUGAUGAUUUGUCAUUUGUGCCUUAAGGAGGGAAACUGAACAUGAAGGAUUUUGGAGGAAAGUGAAUGAGAGUGAAAUGAUGCCAUGAUUAAAUACUGAUGAUAUGUUAAGGUUAAGCAGUUGUGUAUCACAGCUGUCCUCACUUCUGCGCUUGAGUGACUUUUGCUCAUUUUCAUGCUCUGGAAAAUCAGUUCAAUCUGUUCUUCAAUGAACACUUGAAGCCAGUGUGUUCAUGUGACAACAAAGACUACAGUUUCUCAUAAUUACCCAGCUUUAGUAACUCAACUGGUAGUGAAUUUCUAAAAUUGUGCCUUUAGACUUACUGUCUCCAGCUUCUCCUACACAGUAUUGCAAUAGUAGCGUGAGGCUAAAAUUCGACAUGUAAUGUUGAUUUAAUGUAAAUUUGAAGUAAAAAGUAACCCACAUUCAAAUUAGCGUUUAGUAUUGCAAAGUUAAUUAUCUUGAUAUUUGAUUAGAUUCAACUAUAUUUCAGGGUUCAUGUUUUAGAUGAAACUAAAAUGAUUUUUGUUAAAUCAUUUGUGAUUUGUGAUGCCUUCUUCAAAUGUUUUAUAAAAACUGGCACAUGAAACUA